GCAUUUUAAAGGUUCUUGGGGUUCUUGUACCUAUUUUGCUUGUAUUUUGCUUUAACAAUUGAGCCUCAGCGCUGGUGGUGCUGACCGGAGUGCUUGUUCAGAUCUUCGGGUAACUUCUGUAUUCGUAUUGUGCACUACCCUACCUACGUUAGAAUCUUUUUUUAGAGUAACUUUCGUUUUUUUAAUGCCCAUUGCGCGAUUCUAGUGCCCUGGAAGCUUCAGUCGGUGACCUCUUGGUACAUGGGUUUGUGGUAGAUAAGUACCUACCUACAAACUAUCUACGUCCUACGAAUCGCAUGAAGUUUGUGCGAACUUGUAACAUAUUCGAUCACCAUAAGCGCCUAAUGUUUAGUGUAGCCCAUCAGCAUUGUUAAUAAUAAAAAUACCUGGCACAUAAAUGUGGUUAUCUGUAUGUAUGUACAUAUACCUAUAGCAUAAAGACCGCAACAUAUGCUAAACCAGGCCAAACCAAGCUAGUAACCAAGCCUCCAGCGCUGGCGGUGGUCAGACUAUCGUUACUGACCUGUUGGUGGUAGCAGUGGAGGAUGGAGCAAGCUGCCGGCCGCACUGUCACCAGGGUAGGCCCGCGCACCGCCGCUGCUGCCGCCGUGCGCCAGACGUUCCAGGAGGCCCGCCGGCAGUUCACCGUCCUGCUGAAGCGCUCCUCGAGCUCCCGACCGCUUCUGGUCGCCGCCUUUCAGCAGCUGGAGGCCUGUAUAGCCGCCAGCGAGCGGCUGGAGGAGAGGCAGUGGCGCGCUCUGCGUGGCCGACUCGCCAGCCGCUGGCGCAGCCGCAGCGAGGCCGCCUGCCGUCCGCGCCUGGCGCAGCUGGCCAGUCGGCGGCGGCUGCUGGCCGACCAGCAGAGGCAGCUGGACGGCCUGCUGGCGGAGGCGCGCCGGCAGCUGCAGCUGGCCGCGGCGCCGCCGACCGACCUGCCGAGCCGGCUGCUGAGGAAGUGGGAACGGCUGCGGCUGGCCGACCGUGACAGCGAGGACGCCGAGCCGGCGGCCGGGGACGCGGCCGCCGCGCCACCGCCGCCGCCGCCGGCCGCCGCCGUCAAACCGUGGCUGAUCGAGGGUCUGAGCCUGGAGGAGGCGUGUGACAAGCGCCGCCUGCUGGAGCGCCUGCGGCAGCUGGAGACGGAGACGGCGCAGCUGGCGGAGCGGCGCGACACUCAGUACCGGCCCGUCACCGACUACAGCCACUGCCUGCGCAAGUACUUCAGCUGCGUCCAGAAGAGCAAACACAGCACCAACGAGCUUAUGAAGACCCGUGCCAGUCUGCGGCUGCACGCCGCUUGGGUGCGGGACCACCACUGCCGACUGGCCCGGGAGCGGCGCCGCCGGAGCGACGCGCCGCCGCCGCCCCAGGCUGACCCCACGCAGGUGACGGGCGAGCUGCAGCACUACGAUCAGCAGUGGCAGGAGGGCAUCGAGGUGGAGACGACGGCGGCCGGCGCCGGCGUGGGCGCGGCGUCUGUGGCGCGCGGCGCGCCGCCCCUGGCCGAGCGGCUGCUCUACAGCCGGCUGGACGCGGCCGAGAGCCGCGCGCUGGUCACAGAGGCGGCCGAGCGCGGCGCCUGGUGCCAGGUGGAGUUUGCGCUGGCGCACGACCGGCUGACGCUGACGGCCGACUGCGUGGUGGCCAUGUUCGUGUGCUGCCGGUGCCGCGGCCGCUGCUCGUGCCAGUGGACGCGGCUGGCGCUGGCCGCUCAGAGGAGGGUGCCAGAGAGGCCGGCACGCACGCGCGGCUGGGGAUGGAGGAAACUGCGCAUGGCCACCCAGUUGAUCAGGCUGCUGCAUAGCACCAAGGCGGAGGGCUAGACCGCGCAUGGAAUGGACGGUCGGAUGAUCAAAGGUCCAGCUCCAGAUAAUACCGCUGGCAUCCGUGCGGUAGGGAUGUUAUGAACUAUGAUUAUACGGUAUAUAUCGUGCUGUCUCGGGCGAGGAUAAAUGUUUACUUUCGAAAUCUAAGCUGCGUUGCGGCAUUGACGGUGGUGUGCGGUGUGUAUGCCGCAUUCUUAGUAAAAUGCGACCACUAAAAUAAAGACACUUUACCGCAAUAUAUAAUCUGUUUUUAAUGAAAAACAAUGCACAUUUUCAAUGUCAAUUGCUCUUAUCAGAAGAAAUUAAGAUUUACAUAGCUAAGUUUUUUUUAUUGAUGGAGUUAAGUGCUUGUGCGAGGAACAUUGUAAUAGUUAUUUGAAAAUAUAUAAGCAUGACCUAUCCUCGAU